UUCACACUAACUACUCAUUUGGUUUUCCUGUUGACAUGGGAGCAGCCUGGUUGCAUGGUGUCUGCAACGAGAAUCCAUUGGCAUCUUGGAUUGGAAGACUUGGUCUACCAAUUUAUCGAACUUCUGGUGACAAUUCUGUCUUGUAUGAUCAUGACUUGGAGAGCUACGCACUCUUUGAUGGUGAUGGACAUCAAGUGCCUCAAGAUCUAGUGGAAAAAGUUGGUAAGGUGUUUGAAACCAUUCUGGAAGAGGCUAACAAACUCAGGUAUGAAACAAAUGAAGACAUGUCUAUAGCACAGGCUAUUAAGCUAGUCAUGGAGAGGCAUUCAAUAUGAUGCAUUAUUAAUGAAUUAAGUCUACUUUAUGAGAUUUCAGAUUUUUUUAUUAUUCAUAGGCAUUUAGUUUAGAUCAAGUGACAUUUCUUUAUCUUCUUCUUACAGGUGGAGUUUGAAGGAUUAGGAGAAUUAAGAAGCAAGGAU